UGUCGGUAGGAGUUGCCCUGGCUGUCUUUAACAAAUUAACCUAGUCAAUGCAACGCACAGGUGCCCGUCCUCUCCCCGUCUAAUCUCGGGUCACGACUGCAUGUCACCUCCAGUUCACUAAUCUUCUGCCCCAGACGGUUUCUUUGCAACAGACGCGGUGUUAUAUCGUGCGCGCAUCGUAAUGGCUGAGCGCAAGACUAAACGAGGUCUUGUUGAACGCCUUCAAGCUGGGGAAAAUAUCUUGGUCGCUGAGGGAUAUUUGUUUGAACUAGAGAGGCGCGGCUAUUUGGAGGCCGGGGAAUUCGUACCGGAAGUGGUUCUGGAAAACCCAGAUGUUGUUCGCCAAAUUCAGAAAGAGUUUGUACAUGCCGGAAGUGACGUUGUUCUGGCCUUCACGUACUUUGGUUAUCGAGAAAAACUGAAAAGAAUCGGUAGAGAGGAAGACUUGGAGAAACUCAACCGUACUGCGCUUAAAAUGGCAAGAGAGGUAGCAGACGAGUCGGGAACCUUAAUGGCGGGAAACAUUUCCAAUUCCACCAUCUAUGAUCCAGAUAAUCCAGAAGUGAAUGCAUACGUGAAAGAAAUGUUUAAGGAACAAGUGGUAUGGGCCGUGGAAGAGGGAGCCGAUUAUAUUGUGGGGGAAACAUACCGCCAUUUUGGAGAAGCCAUGUUGGCACUGGAGGCAAUUAAAGAGUUUGGCCAAGGAGUUCCAGCUGUUAUAACCAUGGUAGCCUACAAAGACAAAAGUGUAGAGGGCGUGCCAAUCCCGGAGGCCAUGAGGAGACUGCAGGACGCUGGAGCAGCCGUAGUGGGGUUAAACUGUGGCCGGGGGCCCGCCACCACCAUUCCUAUGAUGAGAGAAAUUAAAAAGGCUUGUAAAGGCGCAGUUGGCUGUUUGCCUGUUUGCUACAGAACCACUCCAGAUAAACCGGUGAUGCAGGCGUUCUAUAACCCAGAUAACGACAGCAAUCCUUACUACGACUUGCCGGCCUGGCUGUGUAGCCGUUCUCAAAUAGGGGAAUACGCCGCCCAGGCCAGGGAGAUCGGUAUACAGUACAUAGGCCUAUGCUGUGGUAACGCCCCCCACUAUUUCCGAAUAGUGGCGGAAACGUACGGAAGGCGGCCCCCUGCCAGUCGGUACUCCUCCAGCGCCAAGACAGUCCUGCAGAAUAACCCAGUUUUUGAGCCACUGAAGUCUUAAGGAACCGGUUGUGUAAAGCGUUUACAGAUGGGUCCAAGUUUUUGGAAAAUAAGUUGAUAUAAUAUUUUGCUUUAUCUGAUUAACUUCAUAAUUUGAACAAUGCGUAGCAUUGUAUUUAAAAAAAUGAAUAAACAAUUGAUGUAGCUCAAGGGACUGUUUCACAAAAUGUCUUAAGUAAAAAAAAAACGGUCUAGGUAUUGCGUUUCAUAAAGCAGUUUGAUUGCCGAUUGCUUCGUUUAUUUCUGCUUUUUUAUUUAACCCUUAAAGCAAAAUGUGCUUAUCUCAACAACACAAUUUACUACUUGUGGUUACUACAUAGUUCAUUUAUGCACUUCAACUGCAUACAUCACCAUUCAAAAAUCCAUUAAACGCGCUUAGACUAAUAAUUAAUCAAUAAUAAUUGUUAAGUCGACUGCGUUGAUGGCUAUA